AUGCCACCAUCACGAGAUACCUUCCAUGAUAGGGUUGUUCGCUCGGACGCUGCUCCGAAGAUGUACCUGCAGGAACCUUUGGAGAACCUUGUUCAGGCCCUUGACCAACGUCCGAUGGGUGAACAUUCACUUCGCGGUCUUGGCGUAUCGCUAGCGCCAACGCUUCGUAGUAGGUUGAACAAUUUCGAGAUCCCACACCACACCAACGCCAUGGCACCAAAGCGCAAGGCAGAGAACCACAGUCUCUUCCGUGAACUAAUCAAGCGCCUCAAGACAGAGUGCCGUCGCGAGAUUUCCCGCAAGAAGGGAAGUCUCUCUGAAGCUACCAGUUCCAAGGCCCCAGCUUCCGUCUUCACUCUCCCAGCAGAACUGCGCAACCACCCGACAUCUACGAGCUCGCCCUGGUGA